AUGUUGUGGGCAAUAAUGCAAAUGAAACAACUGACUUCCAGUCACCGUUUUUGUGGGUUCCAAAACCUUCUCAUCCUUUCCGCGUUUUGUUGGUGCUGCUUUCGGAUCUUCGACAUAUUGUUCUCGUUUUUCUUUUUAUUGUAUACUAUUCUCAACACGUCUCCUUCAGACUCGACAAGCCCCACGCCGGAGUGGCUUAUUUCGGACAUCUCGAGUUUUGUGAUGGUCAUUAUUUUGUCAUCAUUGGUCUAUUAUUUUGCGUUUUUAAUUCACGAGGACAACUGGGGGAGAAUGAAGAAAAUAGUGAUUGUAGUUUUGGUGAUUCUCAAUAUAUUCCACAUAGUGACUCUUUCAGCCAUUGACAUUACACUGAUGUUUAAAAAUGACGAGUACUUGACGGUGUUAACAAUGGCAUUUGCUACUGUCUCCUAUUUUUGUGUAUUAGUUGGGUUAUGUUAUGUCUCCAUUCGAGUGUUUUCCGUCAGUCCACACAAGUUAGAACAAAGCCAUCCCAGUCCAAAAUCGAUGGGGAUAGCGGGUAUUAUCAUUUCGAUAUGUGUUUCAACGCGGUUCAUCUAUGACUUUGGGUCAGCGGUUGCAGGGAAAUCUCUUUUAGCACUCUUGUGCGACGACACGACUGGGAAGAACAUUGCUUCAAUCUGUUACAACAACCCCGAGUCGGUGGUCAUCUUUGCAGACAUCAUCGAAUUUCUGUUGAUGACGUUUUGGGAGAUCAUCCCCCUCUCAACACUCCUUGUGUUAUUCUGGAACGUCCCAAAGAGCAAAACUUAUAACCCGUUUGAGAACUUGUUCAAGGCCACUGACGCGGAGGAAAAUUCGUCGACAGACGUCGCGGAAUCGACGCCGUUCAUCGAAAUCAACGAAUAA